UUCUGUUCUGUUGUGGCGUCGUGUUGUGGUCAAGGAGGCACCACCGCCACCGCCAACGAGCCAACUUACCGAAGAAGGACGGAUGACCCCCGGGUAAAAGUGGACAUGAACCACAGAAAGUCCACGCUGGUUCCUGGGGGAGACCCGGGGGAGAACCUCAGGAGGAGAUCCACCGUGGACUCCACAGAUGAUCCUGAGCUGAAUCCCCAGUUUCCACGGCAACCGUCCCAAACGGAGCGCCUCUGCAUGGGGCUUCAGCAUCCCGACAUCGCCGUCACCCCUGCAGAGACCCCCUCCCCGGACGCGUCCUCCCACCACCCGUGCCACUACACGCCCAAGUGCUUCCUGGCCGUGCACAGAGCGUGCACAGGAGGCCAUCGUAACUCCGCCCGCUCCACUCCAUCACGCUACGGGGAAGAAGGCUGGCAUGACAGCACCUCCAAGACCACCAUCAGGGCUGACAACGAGGUGGAAGCCCACAGGGAGGCCAACAACUACAAGUUUGGCUUCCGGAAAUGGAUAGGCAACGUGACGGAGAGACCCAUUGAAGACCGUUCAGACGUUGUCAGAGAGCUCUACUCGGACCUGAGCAUCAUUAAGCCCCAAGGCGGCUCCGCACUGUCUUUCGGGAACAUCGUUUACGUGCUUUUAUUCGGAUGGUGGAUGUCUUUGACCUACGUCCUCGUCUGUCCUGUCAUGUUUCUAACCAUCAUUGGCGCCCCCUACGGAAAACUGUGUUUAAAGCUGGCCUGGUACUUCAUUUGGCCCUUUGGAAAGUCAGUGGAGAAGGCUGGGGACUUGUCAAGACAACCCACAAUGAAGCCGCCGAGAUGUGAGGUCAUUCCCGAAGAGAGGGACUCUGAGGACAGCAGAGACACGCUUGGGGAAAAGGACUCGGGGCCUCUUCUGAUGUCCUCCCCUUUGCCGAUUGAGAUGCCCGUGCCGGAACUACCAGUUAGGAGCAGCUCUAAACACUGGUGUCGUGUAAGCACCUACAUCUGGCUCCUCCUGGGCUACCCUGUCCUGGUGGUGGUCCACGCCGUGGCCUGCGUCCUUUCCUGGCUGCUGGUCUUCACCAUCCCCGUCUCCAAGAUGAACGCUCGCACGCUGGCCGUCGUCCUCCUCAUGGCGCCCGAGGACGUACACAUCCACACCCUGGAAAAGACUCUUCGAUGCGAGGCCAGAGUGGUCCUGUGCUGCUACCGCGCCGUCAACGUGUACUACUACAAAUACACCGUGCAGGGCAUCAACAUCUUCGCCCUCAAUCUUCUCCCCUUGGUGAUAAUCACUUUGAUCUUUGGCUACGCUGACAAGAGCCACAAGUACUUCAGUUCAGAGACAAAGUUUGCCACCGCCAUCACCUCCAUCAUUCCUCUGUCCUACUACAUCGGCAUGGGCAUCGCCAGCAUCUCGGCGCAGAGUAACUUUGCGGUGGGCGCGGUGGUCAACGCCACCUUCGGCUCCAUCACGGAGAUGACCUUCUACAUCACGGCGCUGCUGCAGGGCCAGCGCGCCGCCUCCAGGUGCUACGAGGAGAUCGUCAAGGCCGCCCUGACUGGCACCCUGCUGGGGUGCAUCCUCUUCAUCCCCGGCAUUUGCAUGAUCAUUGGUGGGAUUAAACACCGGGAGCAGCGAUUUAACAGCCGAUCAGCUGGUGUGAGCUCCGCCUUGCUCUUCAUAUCCAUAGGAGGUGUGUUUGCUCCCACCCUCUUCUCCAAGACCUUUGGCAACAUGGUGUGCGAGAGCUGCUCCAACAUUCCCGGGAACGCCAGCGUGUCCUUUGUGUGCAGGGACUGCCACUACGACACGAGUAAAAGUGACCCACAGUUGAUUAUGUCCCACAUUGAGCCUCUGGUGUACACCAUCUCUGUACUGCUGCCUGCCGCCUACCUGAUCGGCCUGGUGUUCGCGCUGAAGACGCACUCGCACAUCUACGACAUCCACAUCAGCGACGGCCAAGGGGCCCACCCCAACACUCAGUACAUAGGUGCCGCUGGCGAGGGCGGCGCCGCCGGCCCUCUCCUUGCCGCCAAUUCGUGCAUUAAUGCCAGCAUUGUCGCCACCACCAGCCACGUUGCUGCAGGUCAUCAUGUGGUCCACUGGUCCCGAUGGAGGGCGCUGGCUGUGCUCAUCGUCGCCACGGUGCUGAUGGCGUGCUGUGCUGACCUCAGCACGGAGAACAUCGCGCCCAUGCUGACCCACUCCUCCAUAUCACAGUAUUUUAUUGGUGUGACCGUGUUGGCGAUGGUGCCCGAGCUGCCUGAGAUCGUCAACGGGAUCCAGUUUGCGUUGCAGAAUAACAUCAGCUUGAGUCUGGAAGUCGGAAGUUGUAUUGCGGUGCAGGUGUGCAUGAUUCAAAUCCCUCUGCUCAUCCUCUUCAAUGCCUUCUAUGACGUGGGAUUCGUGCUGCUCUUCAGCGACAUCCAUCUCUGGGCAAGCAUCUUCAGUGUCAUCCUGGUCAACUACAUCUUCAUGGAUGGAAAGUGUGACUACUUUCAGGGUAAGCGUGUGUGUGUUUUUCCACAUACUGUAUCUUUUGUGCAGGAAUGUUUAUAUAAAUGCUUAUUUUGGUGCAUUUUUUGAAUAGGCACUGCUCUGGUGGUGGUCUACCUCAUCCUUUUGGCUGUUUAUUUCUUUGCCCCUUCGCCACGCUCUUGUUAAAUCUGCUAAAAAGACACACAAAAAAAUAAAUAAAACAAUUGUGAGCUGCACAGACGCUGUAAAUUUACAUAUUGAUGUUGUCGCAUUUAAAUGUAGAUUUUUGCUAUUUAUUGCCGGUUCGGAUGUACUGUCAAAUGUGCUCAAUAAAUGCAUCAAUUUAGAACUGAGGUGAACACCCAACACUUUAUUUAUUGAGUCUCAACACAAUAGUCACACAUGUACGUCGUUUCUCAGCGGUUUAAAAAAAUGUUUUUUUUGGCAGAAAUAAAACUAAAAGCGGCAAAAGUAAAUCCAUGCAGGCACACAAAAAUAUCAUUAGCACAUUGCACUGUUGUCAUUUCAAGCAUUUUAUUGGAAGCGAAACCUUUUUUAAAACAUCUUUGAUAGUAGAAGAGAGUAGAAGUGGCCUAUUCUUACUUUUGCUGCAACCCCAUUGAAGAAACUACUUAUUAUUAUUAUUCAUUAAAGGCACUGCAGUUUGUGUGUGUGCUACAGGCUACUAAACAUUUAAAAAUGAGCUGUAAAGAGCACCAAAUUCACAGUGAUUGUUUUUUUGAUUUUUUUUUUUUUUUAAAGAAAUGCUGCCUUCUCUUUAUGCACAAAUAAUAAUUUACCUGUGAGGGAGCAACAUUCUGCUGUGUUGUCAUCAUCUGUCAGUUAAAGUAAAGAAGUACUUGUAGUAGUCCGUGUCUGCCAUUCUAAAAGCUAAUUACUGACAAAUAUAAGCGAUAAGACAAGAGUUUGCAAACUGGAUGAGUCCUUUUCAAUAAUAAAUACACAUGCCCCAGUCGGUAAAAUAUUCCUAUUUUGUUGUUUUAAAAAAAAAAAAAAAGUUAGAAGUUAGAAGUCUCUCUCUUUCGAUUUGGCAAAGUGAUCACGAUGAAAAGCCAAAAAAAAUAAGAAGGCAUCCCAUAGUUUUUGGCUUCAAGGGCGUCCACGGAGCAGGGGUCGGGGUGGUGUGGUCCUUUUUAUUUCAAGCGCUCGAUGAGUUCCUGCGUGAGGCCCAGGUUGAGCAGCUGCAGGGCGGGCAGGGCGGCCAGAUGGGGAAAGGACCGGUGGAGCUUCUCCCAGCAGAGCUCCAGCAGGCUGGGUACCUCCAGCCAGAUCUUGAAGAGCGAUUCGGUCCUCGUGUUCUCGUGGAUGUUGACCACGCCGCCGUGGAUGUACAUGCAGCCCGUCUGCGGACAGAAAGAAAAGGUAUGUACGUUGCAGUGAUGUGCGGUGGGGUAGUGAGUUUUCAGAAUUCACUUGGGUUAAAUGUUUUCAGAUACUUCUUAGACCCAAUUUAUUUUUUCAACAUAGAAAGUGAAAAACAUUUGUGUUCUUAGCCUUUUAUUUGUAUGUGAAGCAUACAAUGUAUACUUUGUUCAUUCAGCACAGCAUAAAAAUAUCUUGAACAACUAGAAUUGACAUUCUGCUAGCUAGUGCUCACGCACGCCCCCACCCCCUCAGGAUGCAGUGGUACUGCAAGCGCCUCCCAUAUGACAUUUCUCUGUAUUUUAUUGUCUGGUUAACAAGAAUAAUGACAUCACACUUGCAUUCGAGACAUUACACAGGCUGUAGAAAGUCAUGGUGUAUAAUAAUUGUUUGUGCAACAUUAUAUUAUUGGCGACAAGCUGACAAACCGAAACUGGCAGGCGCCAUGAGGCGGGGCUUGCGCACUAAGCCGAGAAGGUUUCUCAUGGCUCACGGACACAUUAAUUAUGUUGGUAUCGGCACCCGAUGCCAAUACUAGGGAUGUCCGGAUCCGAUUUUCAGGAUCGGCUGUAUUCUGAAGAUCGGGUAAAUAAAAUUUGCUUCCGCCACGAGAUCGGGCCGAUCCAAUUGCCAUACAACACUCCAACGUGGUAGGUGCAGUAAUGCUCCUCAAAGCUGGCUGCCACUCGAGUCCCGCCACCCGAAAGAAGAAGAAAACGCAACACCACCCUGCAGACAUGUCCGCGGUGUACCGUGGUCAAGUUAGUUGGACGUUGGAUAUUCAGCUCUGUAGCUAAAGCGGUAGUUCCUUCUCACUGUGCCAGGAGCUUGCACGGGAAGUGCAGCUCUAACCGCUGGUUGUUUAUACUAGGACAGUCAAAUUACUAUUGUGUUGAAGAGAGUUUGUUUAAAAAAAAAAAAAAAAAAAGUCACUACAAAUUGGUUUAUAACCAUGUCAAAUUAGUCCUGCCCUAAAAGUAUUUUGUGUGCCCAUUUUUUCCCAAUUCAAUCUUUUAUUGGAUUAGGGGCGUGAAUGACAGGUUUGUUACAAAAGCCAAACGAUAUUUUUGGUCAUGCUGUGCUACUUUCAUAACCAUAUUCAAUUCCAUAAAAAAAUAAAUCGGCAAGACGAUAAAAAAAAAAAUUCGGAUUGGAUCAGAAGGCAAAAAAUGUGGAUCGGGACAUCCCUAGCCAAUGCUGGAUGGGAUGGCCCCAUCCCUAGUCCAUAGGUGUUGUACAUACCGGCGUAACAGCAGCGCAGUGGAAGUAGGCGGGCUCGGGCAUAAUGGCGGGCAGUCUGCUCCACUGGAACGUCUGCAGGUUGAUCUUCCACAGGUCAGACAAUAUCAGCUCUCCGUUGUAGCCUCCGCAUAUAAAUACGUCUUGAAUGAAAGUGAAAGUGGAGGGGGCUUAAGGCCAUGUCGUAGCGAGAAUUUAAAAAAAAAAAAACAAAAAAAAAAACGUCUUACCGUUUUUUAUUUGCACACAACUAUGGCAUCUCCUCGGCGCAGGAAACCCUGUUAGAAUGACAGGAGGUUAAAAACACGUCUGGUGUGAAACACGUCCAUAUGAGAUACAAACCUAUUUUGUCGUGAGGUUUGGUUGCUAUCUCCUCCCAGGAGUUGGUCUCCAGAUUGUAUGCAUGAAUCUAACGCAUACAAAAUAUACAUCAGGAUCAAUUGGGGCGGCAGAACAAUUUGGACGUCUACCUUGUCCAGAGGGUAAGAUGUCCAGGAAGUCCCGCCUCCCAAGAUGUAGAUCCUCUGUCCAUCAUGUGCUAUCUCAUGUCUGUACCUGUGCAAGCAUGUUUGGCUGUUUGAGAACAAGAUCUGGUGUUCAGAGAAGACCUGACGCCAUACCGUUCCUCUGGGAGGUCAUCAGGGCUGUUGUUGGGCUUGAGGUGGCUCCACUCCCUACUCAUCAGGUCCAGCCUGUGCAGGUCAGUGCUGUAUAUGUAACCCGUCGUCCCCCCAAAGACGUAGAGAAAGCCAUUUAUGAUGACCAUCGCCUGCACAAGGGAAGCCGUUACAUUAGCUAGUCCAAAAAACAAAAAAAUGCUAGGUGAGUGAUUCUAACAUACCUGUCCAUAGAUUCUGUUGGGCUUCUUCCCGCGGCAGUUCAGCAGCGACCACCGCUUGUACUUGACGUUGCACACGUGGACGUCAUUACCAUUGUUCUUGCCGAAGGGGAUGCCCGUGCCGCCGAACACCAGGAGAUUGUUGCCGUGCAAAACAGCUGCAGAAGGAAGCAGAGUUGAACGUCUAUUUUGGGGCGUUUGCUGUGUAGGCUGCAAUUACGUUUUUAAGCUAAGCUAAGAUAAAUCCCAUCCAUGAAGAAAGUUAGCCUGAGAGUGCACUUCAAAACUUGGGAGCUAUUUUUGGGCAUAUUCCAAAAAUAGCAGAGCCCUCCUGAUCUUUGACUAGUGUUUUUGCAUUCCCUCCCUAACAUCUUUUCUCUGCUUUAAAUUGUAAAUUUAGGUUUUUUUAUUUUUAUUUUUUAAAUGGAAAGUGGUUUUGAUCUGCAGGGGAGGAUAAAAAGUGCUGCAGCUAUGAAUCCAGCAGAGGGCGCUGUGCUCAACAUUUUCCAGCAGGAAGACGCUUUGAUAAGACUUGUUUAGUUAGUGCAACUCCGUACU